CUAAACUGCACGGAUUUGGCUUAUCUCCAGCGGAAAUUCGUAUUUUAAGUCAUCAAUACGCAAUACAGAUUUAAUCAUUGUUUAAUUUUUGACUGUGAUUAUUCACUAAGAUGGGAAGAAGUUAUAGCAAAACUAAAACACAACCUGACAUAAAUGCAAUAGGUGUUUAUAGAGUUGAGACGCAAGAUGUAGAGCUUAGUGUGACGGCAGUAUACGGACCAAGGUACCCUCAUAGAGAUCUUGGUUUACAGAGGAACCGUGGAAAAGAUGAUGUCCAAUCGGAGGAACCUUCCGGCACGAUCUGGAAAGAUGAUGGAAAGAAGCCCGAAAAUUCUACAUCCGAUUACGGCUCAUUAAGUACUAUGUCGCACGUGUCGCAGGUUCAUCAGGCGCCAAACAACGAAUGCACUAACGGUAAAAUAAACGUGCAUCUCGUUGAUGGACAUUCUGAUACGCGUGUCAGUGAGGUAGAACUACGAUACGCCAUUGAACGUAAUACACAAGGCAUCAAUCGAAAGCUUAUGAAGGCAGGUAUAGGAAAUAUCCACGCCGUCAAUGAGGGCUCCAUAAUACUUAUUAUAAAAUUGCUUCCCUCAACUGAACGGACUCUCAGAACAUGGACGACAAUUGUCAAUACAGUUUUCAAGAUAUUGGACAGUAUUUUUGAAAGUUUGGAUAGGUCUGAUGUUGUGACCAGAAAGACAGAGUAUGAUAUUCUCGUCAAAUCUGCAAAAGACGGAUGUGAAUUCUUGAGAAAUAGACAGCUUUUACUAAGGGAGCUUCAACCACUGUGGUUACUUAAACAACCUGAACAUAUUGAAAUAUUUGACGCCCAAGAUAUAAACGAUAUACGUGCAGAAAAAUCGAGAGAGAAAGCUGCAAACAAAAUGGUCAACAUUAUUGCAUCUAAAUCCAAUGAACGGAAAAUAAGAUUUCGAUGUCUGCUGAAGAAAACGUCACCAUAUAUUUUCGAACAGAUAUGGGGCGUUCAAGAUCAAACUGACGAAUCAACCCACCGGAGACCAUCGAUAGAGAAAAGGAUUGGGACAUUGAAACUUGAACCUAUCCGACCGACAUCUCACACUACAUCAAUCAAACACUUAGCUGGAUGCAUCGUCUUUGGGUGUGUAAGUGACACGUCUUCGAUAAGGCCAAGUGCAUGGUCUUAAAAAACAACAUAACAGAAUAAAUGCAACGGAAAAUAUACCAAAUAAAAACAACAAUUAAAUUGUAUGAACUAAUUUUAGCUUAGUUAAGGUUUGACCAUGAAAUUACAUUGCCUCAAUAUCGGAUUUGGAAAACAAAACAGAACGAGGAAAUACAAUCACGCUGCGAUGCAUAGUGUCAUACGCAAACAAAAAAAACUAUAUAUUAUGGACAGACACUAUUAUUGUAACAUAUCUUGUUUUUGCAUUAAUUUUUUUUUAUGGUGUAUGUUGUUAAUGUAUUUUUUAUUUUGUAUGUAUCCGUUUGUGUAUGUACACACUCUAAGACUCUUCUAAGGCAACAAUUUGAUGUAUAUUUAUUCUAUAAUAAUUUAUCAAAGGAAGUCGUUUAAAUUUGUAAUAUGAACUUAAAGGUCAACUAUAAUUUAACAUAGAAAUAGAAGUCCAAUUGAUCACGAAAUAUCGUUAACUUAGCAAAUCAUUCCAAAAUGAAAGUCAUUACAGGACACAAUCUUUACAUAUUUACCGUCAGUGAAAACCAUUUAACAGUUUAGUUCAAUCAAAUAUGUUUAAAUGACUUUAUAUAAUAUAUGUUUUCGAAAUGUGUGUACUUACAGUUCACUUAAUCAUCCAACUACAUCAUAUUAGGUUUUAUUUCCCGUUUGCUGUCAUACAUAUGCGGUGUAUCAAAACCAUUUCGUAUACUGUAUAAUACAAGUUGUAUAUAUAAAAUCUUGAUCGCAAUUUCAAUUAUAGCACUGUUUUGUUUCUUAACCGUACUCGUUUAAUAACCAUUAAAAUGUUAUGUUUGUUCUAAAUUAUGAUAGCAGAGUAAUUGUCGCCAUCAGUAACCCUAGAUCAAGGUUAUGUAAGGAGCGAACCGUUCUUCUUGGUUCGCCAGUCCCUGCGGUUUAAUAAGAAUGUAAGAUCAUUUUGUGACUUGGCUUGUAGGUCAUCGGGUUUAUAGCGUUAAAUUUUAUUAAUAUUUUCUCUCUGACGGGCGUUUCUUGUUUGAUUUAUUUUUAUUUUUUGGGCAGUCACAUUAACAACCAAGCUAUUAUUUCUGCUUCUUCAUGUAUUUGCGCGAUGAUGAUCUGAAAUAUUAACUUUAUGAUGCUCUAUUCUUAAACCUUUUUCUAAAAAGAAGGGAUGUAGUUUACACUUGUUCGUAGUUUCAUUUCAUCGUUCCUCAAAAAGUUGUAACUCUGUUGCUCUGGUCUUUUUCCUACCAUUGAGUAAUUAAAUGGUAAUUAAAUUGAAUGCGUUUUAAUUCCCUUUUAUUAUUUUUUAAUUUGAGUUGCAAUGCUAUGAAGUUAAAUUUUAUUAACAAAUGCACAGCUCCUAAGUUGGGAGGCUAGUAAUUAUUAUUAUGGUUUUAAUUAUUUGUCUUUCCACUAAAUUGUUUGAACAGGAGCGUAUAACGUGUAUUAUUUUUGUAAUCAUAAAAUCUGCAUAUCUAUAUCUGAAUAAAUGCACCGUUGUUUAUUUCAUUAACUUUAUUUGACUUUAUUUCCGUUAUUUAAUAAAUGACAACAAUUGUUGUAACUGCA